AGUACACGUUUACGCACCACGUGCAACGGGUUGACGACGAUCGUCAUCAAAGCAUUCGCUCGUUUUCCAGUUCUCCUCGUUCGUCCGUCUUGCAAACGAGCGCUGCCACGAGAAACGCGAGGAUAUUAUGAUUCCCCUCGUGGAAUGGUCGCUUUCUUAAACAUGGAUGUCCACGGCAUGAUGAAAAAGAAACGGAUAUUCAGUGCUGGCUCCAGGAGAAGCGGCGCGACUUGUCGGAAAAUCUGGCCGCUUUUGGCUCGCAAUAAGAAGAAGCAUAUUAUGGAGACUCAACUUGCCGAACUGCAUCCCACGGAUUCGCGAGGGACACGACCAAUUCUUCGUGACAGCUUUCUCAACGAGCGCAUCUUAUCCGCGAACAACAAUGAUCCAGAGAGCUUCUAUCGCGCGAUUGCAUCUAUUUUAGUGCUGGCUCAAUUCUUCGGUAUCCUACCGAUAUCAGGGUUGCUCCAGUUGACACCUAACAAGAUGAGGUUCGCGAAAUUCUCACUUCGUACUGCUUACGCCACCCUCGUAACGGCGAUGGUGCUUGUCAUGGCGAUAUUGUCGGCUAUUCAUAUGAUAAGGACGCUAAACUCCACGACAUUCGAAGUGCAAGGUGGAUUCACGGCUGCAACGGUAGGCGCAAUAUUUUAUGGGAACAGCGUGCUAGGUUUGAUCAUGUUUUUCUGGCUGUCACCGCGUUGGGUGACCCUUCAACGCGAUUGGAGAAACAUGGAGCAAUUCAUAGACAGUAACAAAGCGGAACGGCCGAAACUUCGCUGGAAGUUCUACACGAUAAGCAUGAGCGUUUUGCUCUUGGCCUUGAUCGAGCACAUCUUGAGCAUAGCGGUGAACUCCAAGAAGUACGACUGGAGCGGCACUUCGAAUUCGACGUUUACAAAUUUCCUGAGAGUGUAUUGCGCAUCCUCCCAUGCGUUUAUUCUGGAUAUAGUGAAAUAUAACUUUGCGCUCGGUAUCUUCAUCUUCAUUGUCAGCAAGCUGGCUACUUUCACGUGGAACUUCACCGAUCUCUUCCUUAUGCUGGUAUCCACCGGCCUGGCCGAAAGAUACAAAACGUUAAACAAGCAAGUCACAGUUUCGAUGUCGAAGCAUCAAGCGAUAGACUGGAGUGGAUUUCGCGAGGAUUACGCCGUUCUCUCUUGCACGGUGAAAAAAGUAGACGCUGAUAUCGCGCCCAUAAUCCUGCUGUCGUUCGCCAACAACCUCUACUUCAUCUGUCUGCAACUACUCAACGGCUUAUCUCAGCCGGAGGACAACAACCUCAUCAGCGAUAUCUAUUUCUUCGGGUCGUUCGCGUUCCUGAUCGGCAGGACGGUGGUCGUCACUUUGUUCGCCUCUAGGAUCAACGAUCAGAGCAAAGUGGCAUUGCCGGCAUUGUACACCUGCCCGGCGUCCGCCUACAACGUAGAGACCGAAAGGCUGAUGUUGCAACUCACCACUGACGAUGUCGCGCUCACGGGAAUGCGCUUCUUCUCCAUCACGCGGAAUUUCAUGUUAGCGGUGGCCGGUGCAGUUGUAACGUACGAAGUCGUGCUGCUACAGUUCAACGUCUCAAUGAACAAGUGAAUACACAACAGCGCAACAUCGUCGAAACGAAAUAUUUGUGUAAGCAAGAAAUAACAUAAGUAUUUGUAUGUUUGUU